AUGGCAUAUAUUCCAGUCUUUAUUAUUAUGGGUCCGACCGCAUCAGGAAAGACCUCGAUAGGCACAUUACUUGCCCAAAAACUCGGUCUCCCAUUUCUUGAUGGCGAUGACCUACACCCAAAGUCCAAUAUCGAAAAAAUGUCAUCAGGGCUACCAUUAACAGACGAUGAUCGAUUGCCGUGGCUACAAGCGAUUCUUGACACUUUAACACAAUGGACUACCCCUAGUGAUGGUACCACGACAGACUCAUCGACAUCUCCAAAAGGAAUAAUAGUCGCAUGUUCAGCGCUAAAACGCAGUUACCGAGAUUUCUUACGUAACAAUGUCCCAUUAAACAAUCGAGCACAAGUCUGGUUUGUCUAUUUGAAAACGAGUAAACAGGAGUUGGAAAGACGACUUCGAGAAAGAAAAGGGCAUUUUAUGCGGGAGGGAAUGUUGCAAAGUCAAUUGGAUACUUUGGAAAAUCCGAUAAUAGAUUCGUCGUCGUCAAAUGACCAUCAAAAAGAAACAGCUAAUGACAAACAAGAAUUAGAGGAAAGAAUUUUUGUUGUUGAUGGAGACAAGUCUAAAGAGGAAGUUACGCAAGAGAUUUGCGAAAUAUUCAAAAUCUUUCUGUGA